GUUUGGGACAAGCAAAGGCAGCAUACUUUAACAUGACGACAUUUGGUACCGAUCUGAAGGAUCAAGUGCCUCUAAUCGCUGAUCAUGUAGGGGAUGGCAUAGCAUUUCUAGACGAAUUCCGCAGCUUUACAAAAGAUAGAUUACAAUUAGAAAAGGAAUAUGCUCAGAAGUUGGAGGGUUUAUGCCGCAAGUAUAACUCAAAAAGGCAAAAGGUCACCACAAGGUCUUCAUCGGCACAACCGGCGCGACAAGACGAUGAAUGGGACUGGACAGACAAAUCCAGUACAACAUCCAAUGCCUGGACUUCGUUAUUGCAACAAACUGAAGUAGUUGCAAGAACGCGUCAGCAACUCUCUGAAGACAUGUCCUCUGGUAUUGUCGAUGUGCUUAAAGCCGUAGCAACGAAGAAGGAGGAAGCUAGAAAAAAGCACGUCGCCUUUUACCAAAAACUCAGGAUGGACCGUGACAAGGCAUAUGGGGAAAAAGAUAAGGCAAAACAAGCUUAUGAUGAUGCUUGUGCGGAAGUAGAGAACCUAAGAGCUAAAAUAGAUCGCGGCACUGGCGAUCAAGACAAGCUCCACCGACAAUUUGAACAAGCCAUUGCCGACUGCCACAACGCAAAGAAUAUUUAUAUCCUUUCAAUUGGGGUUGCAAAUGCUGCAAAAGAAAAAUAUUUUGAUACCGACAUACCCGGCCUAUCCAACCGUCUUCAAGAGUUGAAUGAAACACGCAUUUUGACUGGACAACAGCUACUUCAAAAUUAUAUCUCGUUAGACAUCAAGGCACUUAGUGCUUCAAUAGAUCAUGUCAAAAGUGCUUCAGAUGUGGUGAGCAAGGUUGAUCCAGAGGUCGACGCUGCCGUGUUUGUGCGAAAAGCUAUCGAAAGGGCUCAUUUUGACAAGGAUUCGCAAGCGCAUUUCACAUUUAUGCCUUGGAACGGCGGAGGCAAUCCAUCUGUGAUUAUAGAUCGAGACGAGACGAUGCAAGUCGAUGAUACCGCAGCCAUUUUCCUGAACAACACUCUUGUCAAAAACACGAGAAAGUUGAAUGAAGUGAACAGUGAAUUGAAGAAAAAGAUGCAAGAAGUCACUGUUCUCAAGGAGAAAGUGGCCUCAUUCGCACAAGCGCCAAAAUAUGGAGCCUAUGAUGAGGUUAAUGAGGUACUUUCGGAUGUACAGCGGCAUGUGUCAGUGAUAGCAACCUACCAGGCAAAGUACAAAGCGGAAAUAGCACUGAUUACAGCGAGCAUAGGAGAUGCUGGUUUGCAAGCCAAAGCACACGAGUUCAAGCCGACAUCAUUCACAAUACCUACAACGUGCGACUAUUGCGAAACUACGGUGUGGGGUCUCGCUAAGCAGGAUGUGACAUGCAAAGCAUGUGGAUAUAACUGCCACGCGAAGUGUGAGAUGAAAGUACCGCCUAAUUGUACCAGAGUGAAAGGUAAAAUUGAUCGACAAAAAUCUAUGAGUCGCCGUGAAAGCUUUAGGUCACAAUCUGCUGGACCAGAUAGACCGUCGCCGGACUCAACGCCGUCUCUGGCCGUAUCAUCUAACCCAGCAUCACUUGGCCGCGCAUAUGCGAUUUACGACUACGAUGCAGUCAAUGAGGAUGAAAUCAGUAUACGAGAAGGCAAUGAAGUUACGAUUGUUGAAGGUGACGAUGGUUCUGGUUGGAUAAAGAUACGCCUUAAUUCCAAUCAAGGACUAGUUCCAGCAAACUACAUUGAAACAACAACAGCAGACAAAGUGUCGCUGGAUGCCGUAGAGGAUGAAGUAAACUAUGAUACCCAUGAUAUGACCCCACUUCCAAAUGACAACGAAACGGCGCCUCUCGCAGACAAUAAUGAAUAUGUCAUAGCCCUCUAUGACUUUGAAGCACAGUCAGCCGAAGAACUCUCAUUGAAGGAAGGAGAUCGCAUUAUUUUAUUAAGCAGAGAUGAAGGCGGAUGGUGGCAUGGUAAUUUAAAUGGGAAUAUCGGCAUUUUUCCUUCCAACUAUGUCGAAUAAAGAGAUAUGUAAUAUUUCUAAUCAAAUAAAGCUCACAAUCCUUUGGAUCACAAAGCUGAGUAUCCCCUAUGAAUCAAACGAUAAUCAAAAGUGGGGCGAUGGAUUUAGAGCGGAGGAACAAUUUUUCCGUCUGCAAAGGAGUCGCGGUACAGCACACAGCUUUCCAGAGUGACGUUCAAGA